AUGGUGGCUUCCGGCGUCAGUGCUAACACCGACGCUAGCCCGUCAGAGUCUCAGCUGUCACCGCAAGAUGCGCUGUUCAGAGCUAGACAUGCGGCGUCAGCAGGGCGCGUAGUAGCAGGCAGAAGAAGGCUCGCUCCUGCUCAAUUUCUGAAUCGGAUAUCAAUUCGAGAUCAUGCACAUCAGCGGAGCCGAUAUUGGGUCGGCCUCACACACUCACAGACUGUCAGAUCAGCUCGAGCGCCAUCGCUGGCGCGGCCUACGCUCGGCAGUCGGCAACGGCGACACUCCUCAGGCUUCUCUUUGCCCAAUCCUUCGCCCUUGAUGCAGUGGCAAGGCGGGCCCGCAUCCGAACAGGCAAAGGAGACGCUCAUACCUACCUUUCAAGUCCUCGAUAGCGCAGGUUCCCUCGUCGAGGGUCUGUCCGACGAGGUCGUCAAGGACAUCGAAGCCAUCCCCAGAGAGCAAGCACUGAAGAUGUAUGACACCAUGCUCCUGCUGCCCAUCAUGGACAACAUUCUUUACAAUGCGCAACGACAAGGUCGCCUGAGCUUUUACAUGACAUCGUAUGGCGAAGAGGCAGCGGUCGUCUGCAGUGCAGCAGCUUGGGCGCCAACCGACCCCGUCUUUGCGCAGUAUCGCGAAUCGGGCGUGUUGCUCUAUCGCGGCUUUGGACUUGACCGUCUUAUGAACCAGAACUUCGCCAACAGACUCGACAAGGCGACCAAAGGUCGUCAGAUGGGUGUCCAUCUUGGCUCGGCAGAGCAUCACUUCAUCACCAUCUCCUCGCCCCUCGCUACGCAGAUUCCCCAAGCUGCUGGUGCUGCCUAUGCUAUUCGUAGGAUGGCCCAGCGCGGCGAAGCAGCCGGAGAGGUUUGUGUGAUCUGCUACCUCGGCGAAGGGGCCGCAUCAGAAGGCGAUGCUUGGGCAGGACUGAGUAUGGCAGCCGUACUCGGCGGGCCUAGUGUCUUUGUGGUCCGACAGAACGGCUUUGCCAUCUCAACGCCAACAAGUAGUCAGUUCGCUGGCGACGGCAUAGCAGCUCGAGGACCUGCACUCGGCAUCGAGUCAAUCCGCUGCGAUGGCAAUGAUCCACUCGCCGUCUAUCUUUGCGCUCGUGAAGCCCGCCGGCGAUCGGUCUCUACUAGCCGUCCAACACUAGUCGAAAUUCUUACGUACAGAGUGGGUCAUCAUAGUACGAGUGAUGACAGUUCGGCCUAUCGUAACCGCGAGGACGUGGAGAGCAUCAAGAAACAAUCUCCCAUCGAUAGGUUUCAAGCCUACCUUCGUUCACGUGGUUGGCUAGCCCGGGAGGCCCAGCCGAGCAGACGUGACCAAUUGAAACAAGAUGUUCUCAAGGCCCUGGGAGAUGCCGAGAAGGAGCUCAAGCCUCGCUUAGGCUUGAUGUUCGAAGACGUCUAUCAGACUCAGCCGGCGCAUUUGCAAUCGCAGCGCGCGGAGCUCGACUCGCACAUCAGGCGUUGGCGACCGGAAGGACUGGAACGUCAUCUGGCAGCCGAUUCAGGCGCUAGGCGAUGCUUGCCACUUUUGCGCGUUCUCUGCAGACCAGUGGCAGACGCUGUCCGCGCGUUGCCCCCACCAGAAUCAGACUCGUUGGGCCGGCUGCAGAUUUUGAUCGUCAGCCAAAGCUUACGGCAUGAAGGCUAUCGCACCGAACAUAGCUUGCGUGCUUCAUUAAGAGGCACUGUCGUCCAAACUGUCGGUAUGCUGCCGAUCGCACACGAGGAAGCGAACAACGAUUCUGCAUUCCCAAGAAGAGGUCAAGCGCCGCUAGCGACCGAUGACGAGGAUGUGCCGGAUGAGUUUCACUCAUACGAGCUCGACGUCGUGCAGAACCCGGUCAGAGCUCGUAUGGCAGGCUUUGGAGAUCGGGAUCGUCGACCUCUCACCCCGCCGCUUGUUGCCGAGCUGACUGUGCGCGACAGUCGCACUCAAAGGGUUCUGGAUCCAGCCUCGGUCGACUUGUCAUUCUUCAUUGUCGCAGCAGAUCUCUGGUCGGCUGAUGGCCAACACGACGAAAAUCUCGUGCUGCAUCCGUCCUUCAGUCCGACGCUUGUCGUACGCGAAGCAAGUCCACUCCCUCGCCCUGCAAUGCCCUUGCCAGAAGCACAGUGGCAGCCGCAAGCGAGCACAAGCGCGUCACCCUACGAGGAAGCACCUAAUCGGCAGAUACCUAGAGGCAUGGUCAUGCAUGCAGAGCCAUCGCCAGUAUGGCAGCACAUGGAGUUGCCAGAUCAUAGGGCGCCACUACCGAUCUGGUCAGGUUGGUCCGCGGCUCCUUACCAGGCUGAUACACGGCCAGCACCACCAAGACCGGUCACAAGUCGAGAUCUUUAUCCUCAUCCGCCGCUGUCUACAUCAGAGGCGCUACCUAGAUCGCGGCCCCAAACGGCAGGCGACCGACAAGCUUUUUGCCCGGUCGAGUUCAGCCCGCUCGUUCGCGAGUCCAACGAAAUCGUAUCAGUGCGCAAUCUGACGGGUUCGCUGCACGCAAACGCUAGCCUGCUGCGAAAUGAACACGGCCGGCUCGGCAUCUACUUCAUUUUUAGCGACCUGAGCGUCCGCACAGAAGGAAAGUUCACGAUCCGGCUCGUCUUCAUGCGGAUCGGACUGCAGGGGCGACGGCACGAGUAUCCGCAGCCGUUGCUGGUACAGGCGUACACAAGACCUUUCAGCGUGCUCUCGGCGAAGAAGUUCGGGGGUAUGCUGCCGCCCACCGCACUUUCUCUGGCCUUUAGCAGACAGGGCCUCAAGAUCGCAAACAGACGAAACCCGACGAGCAGACGAGGCGCAUAG